GUCAACCACGUGGCCCAAGUGAGCUUUCAAGUUGAUGCUUUUGGUAGAAAAUUCAUUUUGGACGUGGAGCUGAACCAUGAUCUGCUGUCUUCGGGCUACGUGGAGAAGCAUCUGUCAGAAAACGGGAAGACGGUCGUCACCAGUGGAGGAGAGCACUGCUACUACCAGGGGAAGGUCCGAGACGUUCCUCACUCCUUCGUGGCUCUUUCCACCUGCCAUGGGCUGCAUGGGAUGUUUUUCGACGGCAAUCACACCUACAUGAUUGAACCUGGAGGACAAGGCAGCGGCAGUGGAGACGUUCGCAUUCACAUGAUCUACAAAUCUGCAGGCCAAGAGAUGCUCAGCGACCUCCUCGGCGGUGACCUGCCGGAGCCGCCUUUCCCCAGCCCUCCGUUUCCAGGAUCCAGAGUCGUGCACAGGAGGAAAAAGAGACAAGCUCCACAAGCUUCACGAAGCGUCGAGGACGAGACCAAAUACAUCGAGCUGAUGGUGAUCAACGACCAUUUAAUGUACAAGAAGCACCGGCUCUCCGUCGGCCACACGAACAACAAAGCGAAGACAGUGGUCAAUAUAGCUGACAUGAUCUUCAGGGAGCAGCUCAACACUCGGAUUGUGCUGGUUGCCAUGGAAACCUGGUCAGCUGACAACAAGUUCAACAUUGACGACGACCCCAUGGUGACCCUGAAGGAGUUCAUGAAGUACAGGAAGGACUUCAUCAAGGAGAAAUGCGACUCCGUUCACCUCUUCUCAGGGAAUCGCUUUCACAGCAGCUGGGGCGGAGCUUCCUACAUGGGAGGAGUCUGUUCUCUCAGUAAAGGAGGCGGAGUCAAUGAGUACGGGAAAACAGACGAGAUGGCCAUAACUCUGGCUCAGUCUCUGGGACAGAACAUCGGCAUUUUCUCUGACAAGAAGAGGAUCCUCAACGGCGAAUGCAAGUGCGACGACCGCUGGACAGGCUGCAUCAUGGACGACAUUGGUUUCUACCUGCCCAAGAAGUUCUCCGACUGCAACGUGGAGGAGUACUAUAACUUUCUGAACAGCGGUGGAGGAGCCUGUCUGUUCAACAAACCUCUCAAGCUGCUGGAUCCUCCAGAAUGUGGCAACGGCUUCGUGGAGCCUGGAGAAGAGUGUGACUGCGGCAGCCCGGCGGAGUGUGCCAGAGAAGGAGAUAAAUGCUGUAAGAACUGCACCCUGACUCAAGGAUCCAACUGUAGCAACGGACUCUGCUGCAACAGCUGCCAGAUGGAGUACAUGGGCGUCGUGUGCCGAGACGCAGUAAAUGACUGCGACAUCCCAGAAAACUGCACCGGAAAUUCCAGCCAGUGUCCACCAAAUGUGCACAAGAUGGACGGCUACACGUGUGAAAAAGACCAAGGGCGCUGCUUUAACGGAAGGUGCAAAACCAAAGACAGACAGUGCAAAUACAUCUGGGGAGAGAAGGCGACGGCAGCCGACAAGUUCUGCUACGAAAAGCUCAACAUCGAGGGGACAGAGAAAGGCAACUGUGGGAAGGACAAGGACACGUGGAUCCAGUGCAACAAACAGGAUGUUCAUUGCGGAUACCUGCUGUGCUCCAACAUCUCACCUGCCCCCCGACUGGGAGAGCUGCAGGGAGGACUGACCUCCUUCUCAGUGGCCCGACACAGCGCUUCCCUGGACUGCAGCGGCGCUCACGUUGUGAUCGACGGAGACUCCGAUCUGGGGUACGUGGAGGACGGAACAGCCUGCGGAACUGACAGCAUCUGCUUCAACCACAAAUGCCUCCCGGUCCAACAGUUCAACUUCAGCACCUGCCCCGGAACCACGGACAAAUCCAUCUGCUCCGGACACGGGGUGUGCAGUAAUGAGCUGAAGUGUGUGUGUUACCUGGGCUGGGCGGGAGACGACUGUAACUCCAUGUCUCCUUUCAGUUACCCAGUGGUUGGACCUACUGCAUCUGUUUCAGGUAUCACCAGCACCAACAUCAUCAUCGGGGCCAUCGCCGGCUCCAUCCUCUUCCUCGCCCUCAUCCUGGCCGUCACAGCCUGGUGCUUCAAGAGCUACAAGCAGAAACGUUACGUCGAGUCCGAGGUUCAGCGAAGAUUCUGCCGACAAAUCCCUCCAGGCGACUACGUCACUAAGCCUGGAGACGCCGACUCUUUCUACAGCGACAUGCCUCCGGGCGUCAGCACCAACUCGGGCUGCAGCUCCAAGAAGAGGUCAGCCUGCCUGUCCCACCUGCAGAUUUGCACCUUGUCCUUCACUCCCUCCAUCCCAUCCAUUUCUCAGAACAUCUCAGUGUUUGGCUUCAGAUCUAACGGACUGUCCCACUCGUGGAGCGAGAGGAUUCCAGACGCCAAACAUAUCUCGGACAUCUGUGAAAAUGGAAGGCCGAGGAGCAACUCGUGGCAAGGAAACCUGAGCGGCAAUCGUAAGAAACUGAAAGGAAAGAAGUUCCGCGCUCGCUCUAACUCCACAGAGACGCUAUCCCCUGCCAAGUCUCCCACCUCCUCUACAGGAUCUAUUGCAUCCAGCAGGAGAUACCCCUACCCCAUGCCCCCUCUCCCCGACGACCAGAGGAAAGCCAACAGGCAGAGCGCCAGGCUGUGGGAAACCUCAAUAUAACAGCCCGCUCUGCAAAAGACCUCAAAGAACUCCACUUGUCUCUCCUUUUCUAUGAAUGAAAAACACAAAAAUGAAACACAAUUGACUCUAAGCGACUAAAGAGAAAGCGAGAGAGCCCCCCCACCUGGACAGGACGCAGGCAGAGGUGUGUUAGCGAGUCUCCGAGGUCGUCUUUCCAAGAUGGCGUCAUCCGGUGGAUCUUUCUACGAGACGCUGCGGAGCGCCGGCGGAGAAUCCAGCUCCACAUCGGCUCCAGACCAGCUGGAGCUCGGACCGAGCUGUUCCUGAACCCCCACCACCAC